CACAUACAUUUCUGUAAAUCAUUUCAGGCACAAAAGUAAAGCACGAUCGCGCGCACAUUUCAGGAUCCGCUAUUAAAACUAAAAGUUGAAAAUCCGCGCUUUUGCAUUAUCUAUUUUAACAAUAACAACAACUAAAUUCACACAUACAUAUCUACGUGAUAUAAUCUAGACGCAAUGGCUACUGGGACGGAGGACUUGGAAUCCAUUUUGGCAAUAAAAGAAGUUGAAUAUAUCGUAAGAAGAUUGAAAAGACUAAAUACAACUGUCGAAAGAUCAAAAAUGGAUAUUAUUAAUGAAAUUUUAUUAUACGCUUUGAAUAUUGAUGCCAAAAAUAAUGCAAAUACAAAUUCUGAGGCAACCUCCAGCACAAUGGAUGACAAACCGAAAUCGAUUCCAGAUAAAUACAAUGAAGCAAUAGUUAAGGAAAUAUGCGGUGAGGUGAAUACCAAUAUUAAGCAACUUUUUGGUAUCCAUCAUUGUAAUUUAGAUAAAGAAAUUAUCAGCAUGAAGGUAAUAAAACAAAAGCAUAAGAAAUCGUUGAAAUUAUUUGGUGAAAUGUCCACUAUUAUGAAACGUCUUAAUGAUGACUUCAUAGAGGAUAAAAAAGAGUUUAUGGUAUCGGUUAGGAAGGGAACUUAUCCAAAAACAGCAUCGACCAAAUCUGCAACUUAUCCAUUGCGUAUUGAUAAAGAUCCACCAAUCAUGGUUUUGGGACCUUAUGGUACCGAAGUUCCGGAAUCAGAAUAUGCAAAAAUCCGUUGGACUUCACCAAAAGGUGCGACACGUAUGCUUUUUGGUCUAGUAUUUGAUUACUCUGCAGUAUUGUUGGCAUACUUCGCACAUUCACUAUUAGAUCCUUAUAAGAUUUCUGAUAUUGAACAUUGCGUAAAAGUGAACACCAAAGGUGCGGAUAAAGAAAUACGCGAGGCUAUUGCUAAGAAAGCUUAUGAAACACAAAAGAAAUACAUGAAAUUUAGAGCCAAGAUUUUGAAUAAUUUUUAAUGUGUGUAUCCUAAUAAUGAUAACUGCUUACAAACUUAUGUAAUUUAACUUAUAUAAAAUAAUUUAUAUGAUUAAUCUUCAAUUAAUAAACUAUCAAUAAACUAUAAAAACAAAAAUAUUUGCAGGCUUAAGGAUUUUUCUGCGUAUAUUUACCAUAUGCAUAGGUUUAUAUACAUAUGUAUAUACAAAUUCAAUUUUUGUGAGUAUAUAUUAACGAAAAAAAAUACAAUAAUAAUUUAUAUUAACCCUUUGAGCGUUUAUGUCGAGUAUACUCGUCCUGAAAUGAUGGCAUUUUUUGUUUAAUGACGAGUAUACUUGACACCAAGAGAAAGAAAUUCGCUUUGUUAAUUAUUUUGAUAUUUUAGAAAACAAAACUACACAUAUAUUUAUAAUUUUGUCACAUUUUAGAAUGUAUUACAUACGUAACCGAAUAAACCUAUUUAAAUCAUUCAA